AUGGCCUUUGUUCAGGAAUGUUGCCUCACGUUUCGAUUCUUGUGGCGUGAAAAUGCUACUUUUGCAAUAUCAAGGCACUAUAGACGCUUUGACGUGUUUGAAGAGGCUGAAGCCAAUAAAGCUGGUAAAAAGUAUGACAACUCAUCCAUUGAUUAUCAGAUCGAGUUUUAUAAGAAGGAGGGUUUAACACCAUAUUCAGAGGCUAAGCUUCCUAUUACCAGUGAUGUGCCUGAAGGCUGCGUUAUCAUAAGGGAACAUAUUCCCAUCACAAAUCUUUUCACAUGUCUUUGGUUCAACGAAGUUGACCGUUUUACUUCCAGGGAUCAGCUAAGCUUCUCUACAGUGAGAGAUAAAAUCAUGGCAAGAGUUAACUGGAGCAUCAACAUGUUUAUGGAUUGUGAGAGGCGCAAUUUUGUGGUACAGGUUUACCACAGAGAUUUGAUGAUGAGCAUGGCCCCUCCAAUUGCUGUUGCAGCUGAAAACUCAUUGGCUGUGUCUCAGGGUAAGUUAACAGGAAGGAAUCCGGCAGGCAGGAAGAUUCCUCCUAAGCAUGGUAGGGACAAGAGAUCUGGUUCAAGGCGUCACCGUAAGGUUGUUGCCGGUAAUCGGGACAACAAUUUAUAAUUUUCUUUAUUUUUUUUUUCAUUCAAAGAAAAAUGUCCCCUCUUUUCCAUUUUCCUUUUUAAGUUCUUUCCACUGCUUCUUAACAUACAUCAAAGGUAGGAGGAUUGUUAGAUGAGUAUAGGAGGAUCAGAAGAAGGAAACGGUUUUUGCUAGAAAGCGAUCAUUAAAGAGAAUUGGCAUAAAA